UCUGGAGUAAUGUAGAUAAAAGUCCCUUUACUUUAUAAUUAUUUGGUUUAAAACUUUAUUGUAUGUGUUUAUUAUAGGGAUUGCAUGUUUCUGGUUAUAAAGUUAUAAACCAUUCUUCUUACCUGUUGUGGCCUCUGAUCAGAGAAAUACACCUCAUCCAUAGGAUUGAUGAGCUACUGGCUAGUCUGAAUGCAGCUAAUAAAAGUUUAUUUUAACCCUUUUGAAUUAGCUUCAAUGUGCAAAAUUUUAUAGCCGUUCAUGGGAAAUAUAAUUUUUCUACUUUACACCUUUGUCAAAUUUGCUAAAACUAUUUUCUAAAAGACAAAAUUUUCUGCGAUAAAGUCAUUUGUUUUGCUACUAGUGAUAUUUAUACCAAACCUUGGUGCCGCUGUUGCUAACUGCUCAUAAAGAACCACGUCUGGUGAGUAUGACGCCAAUGUAAAGGUUAGACCGUAGCUUUUUAAGACAACACAACUAAGAUCUUGGCUAACUUGAGCUAAUUGUUUACACGUUAUUCCUAAAAGUCGUAAACUCUUUUUUUUAAACGGACGCUUUUCAAGAAGUUUUCUACAGUUGGUGAGAUGAUAUUAUUUGUAACUUUUACACUGAAAAACACUUGAGUUUGUCAUUCAUUCUUGAUCCUGUGUGACGUUAGAGAAUGUGGCUUUGAGGGGAGUGGCCUACCAAUCUUCCUCACAAUGGAAGACAGCAGGAAAAGCCAGCAAUGCCAUCGACGGCGUUCAGUUCUCCACCUGCUGUGUGACUCAAAACAAACCUAAUCAGUGGGUGAACGUUGAUCUGGUGGUUCCUUACAACAUCUCUGUCAUCCAGCUUGCCUUCAAAGAAGACUGCUGUUAUGAUGUGGAGGUCCAUGUGGACAUUACAAGGUGCUCAGGUACCUCCAGCAGUUCCCAGUCUCUGAUGACCUUGGAUUGUGGUGGGAUUGUUGGUCGCACUGUGACGGUGUUCCACCCUGAUGUACCACUGACUCUGUGUGAGGUGGAGAUCUUCAGCACGUGGAAUCAUCCAGGAAACAUAUUCCAACAGAGACCCCCUACCUCUGAUUGCUGCUCCUCUGAUUCCUGCAGCUGUGACUAUGUGUUCCUCGGUAAAGAGCCGAUGACGUGGUCUCAAGCCCAAACCUACUGCAGAGAGCGGUACUCUGAUUUGGCCAUCGUUAACAAUCCCAAAGAUAUGAACAUAAUCGUAGACAACAUGGAUAAGAACAACCUUUACAGUUUUUGGAUCGGGUUGCAUGAAAACGAGUUAACCUGGAGGUGGUCAGCGCCUGAAGAGCUUUACUAUAAUGACACUAAAGCCGAGUUCUGGAACUGGGCUACUGGUGAACCCAACAACCAGAUGGACAUUCCACAUUGUGUUGGUAUAGAAGACACCGGCAGAUGGCGGGACCUGGACUGCAGCCUUCUUUACUGCUUUAUUUGUUUUGAUGGCCAAGAUGGUGCACCUCAAGCCAAAGUUCUCGUGCAGACACCAAUGAGAUGGACUGAUGCUCGACAGUACUGCAGAGAGGAACACACAGACCUGGUCGGAGUGAGAACAUCAGCUGAGAAUGAGGAACUCCAGAGCAUGGUCCCGUCAGGAAUGCUGGUCUGGAUCGGUCUUUAUGGAGACGCCUGGAAGUGGUCCGAUGGACAGGACAACCUGUUCAGAUACUGGGAGAAGGGUCAACCGAAGAACUCUGGGAAUGGAUUGAGCUGUGCCUAUGUUGGUGGAGGAGCAUGGACGACUCAGCCCUGUGACACAAAGUCUUCUUUUCUGUGCUACUACUAUAAGAAGAGGACAGUGGUGAAAAUCAGCACUGAUGCAAACUUGUGUGACCCUGUCGUCAAGCAACACAUCCAAAAACAGCUGGAAGCAAGGAUGAAAAACAAUGGCAUCAGUAACUUUAAGAUCCACUGGAAGACAUCUGGGAGACAACUUUACUCCAAGGGACAAAUAUCACAGUGUGUGAAUCCUGAAGAUGGUGAAGUCUGAAGACUCAAGAAGGACUACAAAAGACACUGAAAGAAGAGGAAAUGUUUUAUUGUCUUCAUUUUUUUAGAAACCAGGGAGCUUUUUGCAGUUCUUCUAGCUGUGCAUCUGCGAUGUAGCGUCUGUGUCUGAAUCUGUUUAAAGGGAUUUUUUCCCAUCUUUUAUUUCAUUUAAAAACAUAGUAACUUUAAAAAUAAUAAAAAGAAUAAAUACAACUUACAAUGCUUAAAUGAAAAGGAGCAGAUAGACGAAAAUCUUGUAUGUAAUCUGCCCCAUUCACAGCCUUAGAAAAAAAUAAAGACAUACUCACUAACAAGGAUUACUGAGACAGCUGCCAAGCAGCUUGCCACUAAUCAACUAACAAUCCUUGAAUGGAGUUUCAAUACCUUAGCUCGAAAUCAUUGUUGAUCGAUACAGGAAAAAGAAAAUUAAAAGAAAAAUACACUCAAGAGUAUUCCAUAUAAUUUCUUAACAUAUGGUUUUUUACAUUCUGUUUGAACAUUAUAAUUGAUUUGGCCUCUUUCAUUGCGUAUUCCAGACUGUUCCAUAUCCUGACUCCAUAUACAGAAACACAGUGCUCCAACUUUUUAGUCCUAAAUCUAGGUUUUAUAAAUAUCUCGUACUCUUUUAAAUCGUAGCAACUUUGUCUUUUUUCAAAUUUCAUUAGAAUAUUUAGUGGUAAUGAUUUUUUGUGAGCUUUAUACAUGAAUUUUAAUAUGUUAUGAUACACUAAAUCUGGAAACUGGACCAGACGAUGCUCUAUAAUUACUCUGAGUAAUGAUUCUUAUGACUCUUUUUGUAGUAACAAAAGUGAGUGUGUAUGAGUUUUAUCUUUUGUUCCCCAGAGUUCAAUACAAUAAGUCAUAUAUGGUGCAAUCAAGGAAUUACAUACUUGAAGUAAUGCUUUUUUAUUUAAAAAAUAUUUUAUUUUAUGCAGUAAACCAAUUGCUCUUGCUAUUUUUGUUUUUACACCAUUAACAUGUGGCUUCCAUGUAAUAUCUUCAUUGAUAAUGACCCCUAGAAAAGUAAUUUCCUUCACUCUUUCAAUUUUAAAAAUUUCUAUAACUAAUCACAUGUCACUAUUUGCUCCUCUUGUUCCAAAUACCAUAAACUGAGUUUUCUCAAGAUUCAGGGAUAGUUUAUUGACGUUAAACCACUGUUUCAGUUUUACUAGCUCUGACUGAGUUACUUCUCUCAUAUGUUCUAGAUUGUCACCUGCAUAAAAGAAGGUUGUAUCAUCAGCAAAUAAAAUGCAAUUCAACAAUUUAGAUACACUUGUGAUAUCAUUAAUAUAUAUGUUAAACAGUUUAGGGCCUAAAACGGACCCUUGAGGAACCCCACAUGAAAUAUUACAUGUGUCUGAUUUAACAUUGUGUCUCUGUACAUGUUGUUGCCUGUUUCUUAAAUAACUUAUAAUCCAGUCAAGUGCCACCCCCCUGAUUCCAUACUUGCUAAGUUUUCCAUACAGAAUGCUGUGAUUUAUGGUGUCAAACGCCUUCUUAAGAUCCACAAAAAUACUUCCUGUAUUAUUCUUUCUAUCAGUUUCUGUGGAGAUAAAUUCCAUUAAUUCCAUCAAUGCCAUUGAUGUUGAAUGAUUGGCUCUAAAUCCAUUCUGACUACUACUCAAAAUAUUCUGUCUGUCCAGAAAUGCAUCUAGUUUGGCAACAAAUAUUUUUUCUAAUAUCUUUGAGAACAGAGGAAGCAGGGAAACAGGUCUAUAAUUUGUAAAUAUAUGUUUGUCUCCAUUUUUAUACAGUGGAAUUACUU